CAUUCUCUCUCUCUCUCUCUCUCCCUCUCUCGCCAAAACCUCUUCUUUGCUCUUUCUAAAAGUCCGUACAAUCGCCCCUCACCACCACUCCAACACCCACUGAAAAUUUUCAAAAAAAAAAAGAGAAACAAAGUUAAAAUAUAAAUAAACUAAAGAGCUCAAAUUUAAAGAAACGCAAAACGACGAAUCAAGAAACGCGUUGAAUGCUGGAAGUAGCAGUGGCAGUGGAAGAAAGAUAGACGGAUGAUGAUGAUAUCUUUGUUAUCUUCAUUAACAAACCUGACAGUUGCAGCAGAUUCAUUAUAAUUUGAAAGCAAAAAACCAGACCAGCUUGUUGCAGAAGGGUAAUAACAAGUAACCUUCUAGUACUGAAAGCUCUUCUGAUCUUCAAUAUCCUGUUUCGUUUUUAUGGUUCUUUCUCUUUUGCCUCUUUUUGGGAUAGUACAAAAAAAAAAAAAAAAACAAGGAAAAGAAAUGUCUCAGUCUGAUACAGUCAAUGGAUCUGAUGGCUGUUCUGUAAAUGGUACUGGCAUUUUGGUAAUGAUAUAGUGCAAGAAUCAAGAACCUUUUUCUUUUAUGUGCUUUUCUGGGUUUUUGGUUGCUCAAGAACACAGUGAAGAAAAGGAGAAUAUUGUUCUGGUUUAAACAAGACUAAAUACAACUAGCAAGAGCAGAGCCUGGACUUAACAAUGUCACUGAUGAUCAAACCACAUCCCCCUCGUUACAGAAACAACAAAACAACAGCAACAAAUCACAGAGACUGGACACAGAUCUACACAAUCUACGGCAUGGAUCAAUGGCAAACACUAAUAUUCCUGUUAUGCCACGCCAUUUUUUUCACCAUCUUAUCUAUCCUUUUCCUAUACUACUUCGACCCGUUCUGUGAACUCCUGGAAACAUGUGUCCUUCACUUUGCAACCACCACCAGCACCGCCGGGGUUGCCCGUUUCGCGGCGGGGUUUACUGGGUGCGUGACGGCUCUGUCAGCAGUCUGUCUGUUUUUCGCGGCGGGAAACUUCUUUUACAGCGCGGUUGCGUUGCAUCAUGAGAUGGCGCAGAGAAUGGUUAGCUAUGUGAAUGAUUGGUCUAAUGUUAAGUUAGCUCUUGACAUCGGAUGUGGAAGAGGGAUUCUAUUGAAUGCUGUAGCUACCCAGUUGAAGAAAACCGGUAGUUGCGGUCGGGUUGUUGGGUUGGACCGAUCUAAACGGACUACCCUGUCUACUCUCCGAACUGCGAACAUGGAAGGAGUUGGGGAGUAUGUAACUUGCAGAGAAGGUGAUGUGAGGAGCCUACCAUUUGGGGAUAACUAUUUUGAUGUGGUGGUAUCAGCUGUGUUUUUCCACACAGUGGGAAAAGAGUACGGUCACAGGACGGUGGAAGCAGCAGCGGAGAGAAUGAGAGUGUUGGGGGAGAUGGUCAGGGUGUUGAAACCCGGUGGAAUGGGAGUGGUGUGGGACAUAGUACAUGUGCCGGAAUACGUCCGGAGAUUACAGGAGUUGAAGAUGGAGGACAUAAGGGUUUCGGAGCGUGUAACUGCAUUCAUGGUGAGCAGCCACAUUGUGUCGUUUCGGAAGCCUGAUCAGCAUGUACUAGUAGGUGGACUCAGUGAGGUCAGGCUGGACUGGAGAUGCUGAUUAUGGGGUAUAAUAUUACAUCUCAUAGUUUCUAGUUAAAAAAAUUAGAGGGAAAGAAAAAAGAAGAAGAAACAUGAAGAAGUGGAAGAAGAAGAAGAAGAAGAAGAAUAGGAAAAGAAUUGGUAAAUCAUAUAUAUAUAUAUACACAUAAGUUUGAUGAUGAGUAGGAUACUUUCAGAUAUCUGGGGAGACGAAGCCGAUCCAGAUGCAUUUCUGGAAGCAUAUAUAUAUAUAUACAUUUUCAUGUAGUUUGUCAUAUAUGGUUGUCAAUGCAAAUAUUGAUAGCUUAACUAUCUGAACUCUUUUUAACAGAGAUUCCGAUCCUGUAAUGGAGUUAAAUAUUAAUUACUAAUGACUACUGAUAUGGUUUCUGGGAAUGUCA